AUGCUUCAUGUUGUUUAUGCUGAGGAUGCUGAGGAUGCUGAAGAUAAUGUCACUACAGUAAAGAGUGAUAUUUUUUGGUUAUUAGAUGGUUUGAUUGCAUAUGCUGAGAUAUUCUUUGUACUUCAUUAUCUUAAAGUUAGGACUUUAGAAAUUUCAAAAUUAGCUAUUCAUGCACAAGAUGAAGUUUCAGAUAUUACAACAGCUGCAAUUUUGAUUUUAAAUCUUUCAAGACAAUAUGUUGCGGAUCUUCGAGAUAUCUACUUGCUUUUAGGAGUAUUUAAGAUUAUUAUCAUUGUUUUUGAAUUAUUUGGAAUAAUUUCAGAGAUACUUCGUUUUUCAAUUCUGAUUACUAUUUGUGAAGGUGUUUUACUUUAUAAUAAUUCAGGUCCAACUUUAG